AGUGAGAACAGGCAUUCACAUGGCACUUUUGUAGCCAGCAUUGCAAGGUAUUUACUUGAGUGAAAAUUGUAAAGAAUUAAAAAGGAAUGCAGGGUAGGUGCCUGCUGGGCACAGCAGGCCAUGAGGAAGUGCUCUGGGGUGGCACCUCUUCAAACUGUACUCCCAGUGUGUCUAACCUAUUUGAAAGCACGGAGUACCAGAUGCUAAGCUUGUUCUCAGGAGAUUUCCAGGCCACUUUUCAGGCUCAGAUGUGGGUGAGCACCAGAUCAACCUCUCAACAUUUGGGUUCUCUUCUAAAUCUAAACUGUGAUCCUACCGAGGUUCCUGCAUGGCUACCUAAAAUAAAGUGAGAUCUUUUCAACAGAAGUGGGCAAAAAACAUGUGUAACAAAAUCCAACAUCUGGAAGUGAACUUGGUCCAAGUUUCAAUCAGAACUGACAAUAAGGAAUCUCUAAGUACCAAAGUCCCUGUCCUUUGCAUGAUUCUGCUCCACACCAAACUGACAUAACCGGGGCUCGAGUGCAACCUUUGUAGGGGCUGUUGCUUUGUUGAAGGCUGUCUCCUGAAAGGUAAUAAAUUCACCCAUUGUUUAUGGUGACGGCUCUGUCUGCAGUGGACUGGACAGGGCAAGAUGCUGGUAAUUUUGAUUAGCUGGGAGCUUGGAUCUGCAGAGCACAAAUAAGAGUUCCAAAGGCCUUAAAAUCCAGGAUUAUUUAUAUCCAAAAUGGUGCAAGAUCCUUGAUGCCAGUCUAAAACAAAACCACAAACACUGUAUAGAAAAUAAUGACAAACUUGUUCUUUGUUUAACUUUAUCCCCCCAGAAUACAGGGCCUGUUGGGUUAGCAAGAUUACAACUCCACUAAUAUUGUCAGGUUUUGUAACAGAAACAGAGAGUUAUAUAGUACUUCAUUACGGCAAUGACUAAAUUCAAACUCAUCCCAAGAAGCAGAUGUUGAACAGGAUGUGCCUAUUUUCAUUUGCUUUCACCUCCUUCACUUGUUUACACUGCUUCCUUCUGAGCCCCUCCUGCUAGGGAAACUUGCAGUGUGUUUUGUUACAGUGGACUGAGACUGAGCAAUUGGAAAGAAAACCAAUGUAGUAGCAAACUGCAUCCUUUCACUGCAGGUAACCAUCUCACAGAACAUUGCACUGUUUAAAUGAAAUGUAUGAACACUAUUUUAACAUUACGGCCACGUCUCUGCAUCUGAAUUCAUUCAAAUGGAGCAUUUGUGAAAUGAUAGUGUUUAAAGUUGCUCAGAAAAAAUGGUGUGGAACUCCUUGGUUAUUAUUUCUCCAUAACUCUUGAUCAAAUAUUCUCCAUUUUCAUGUAAAAAGAUUUUCCAAAGUGCCAGCCCUGCACAGUUAUCCUGAGAUCUGCAAGUUAAACUUCUUUCUAAAGAAAAGAAACUGGACCUGACUACAAGAGGUUUAUCAAACCCAUUUAUCUGAAAGAGCAGAGAAAAAAGAUUGCAGCUUGCUCACACAACCUACUCCUCCAGCCAACUUUGAGCGGCCACCAUGGUGACCAGGGAAAUCAGAACCACGGAUGAUAGAGUCUCUGAAUUGUAGAUUUAUGAGGACAGUAUUUGUUGAUGAGCAUCUCUGCAACUGGUUGAAUGGCAAAUGGAUAAUGCUGGAGUAACACUCAUCAUAGUCAGGAAAGUGACUGUGGGAAAAUCACACUUUGUUACUGAUUCUUUCUGGUCUCUGUGUCUUCAAGACAUAAUUGUUUAAUUUUCUGAUUAAAAAUACCAUAUGGGUUUACCUCUGUAGCUACCGCAGAGCCAACAUACUCGCAGAACAGUGGACUGGAUGCCAUUUGAUGUCCUGAGAUUUCCACUCCAUUAUAACCUAAGUUCUGGGAUCUUGUUGGUGAUGAUCUAUGCAGCAGAAAGAAUACAGCUUGACUUUCAGAUUCCAGCAUGAGCUGCCAAGUGCUGCUGCUCAGAGAAGGAACAUUUGGUUUGGUUUGAAAACUUCAGAUUGAAUGUGGACAUCUCUGAGAGAGAAUAUGCUGUGAUGAGAGGACAUGCAGCAGAGCAUCACAUGCAGCAGAGCAUCACCACCACUUUGCUCAUGGAGAAGGAGCCAGGGGUGGCUGUCUCUGAGUUGGAAAAGGACUCGCGUGACUAUCAACUGAUUCUGGGCCACAGGUUUUCUCAGUAGACACUGGCAUGUAUUUGCAUAUACUGCAGUCUGGCAGUUUUUGAAAUUGACAGGAAGGAAGACCAAGUAAGACCCACAGCACAGGAAGAGGUGAGGCGCAAAACUGAAAGAAAGCUACUCAGCUAGAACUGCAAAGGCGAGGUGAGGAAGGGAGACUAGUAAUAGUGCACGAUGGUGGGUGAACUUUGCAUCUGCAUCACUUUGAUCUAAGAAGAUUCCUAAUUUCCGUACAGUCUUCUGAGAAUUCUCUUGAGGCCUCUCAGCUGGGGACGAAGCUCCCUCAAAAAUGGAAGAGCACCUCUUGCAUUUUCUUUUGUGAACUUGGACAUCUCGUCAAAGGAGUUCCAGCUGCAUAGAGCAAAUGGUCUCAAAAUCCCUGGGCUUGGCUUAAAAAGAACCCUAGAGCUGAUGGACAAGCUUGGGUAUUGAGGAGGCUGUUGGACUUGAAGGAGGCUGCAGCAAACUGAGAAACAUGGAAAAAGGCUAACUGUCGCAGAGUGAGCCGUGAAUGCUGUGCCCGCAUUGGGGCCCCGGCCUGAGAGGACAACGGGCAGAGUCAAUGGGAAGGCAGUGGGCUCUGCCUGCCAGUCGUCACACUGCAGUCGGAAAGAAGGCUUCUAAUGCCACUGGAACCCCCUGAUGGAAGGGGUUUGGAUCAACCGCUAUCGGAAGCAGCUGAUGAGGUCCAUCUCGCCACAGUUCCUGGAAGAGAUCAUCUGCUACAUGAGGAAGCUGGAUCUCCUCAGUGCUGAGGAGGCAGGCCAGGUUCAGGAGGUGAGCUCCCUAUCGGAGCAGGUGAAGGCAGUCAUGGAUCUUCUGGCUGGGAAGGGCAGCUAUGCCUCUCAGUCCCUGCAGACUUACAUAGAGACAACCAACGCCCAGCUCUAUCUCCACAUCACCGUCUAUGACCCUAUGGUGCAAAAGCAUUUGGAAAGUCUCCAGAACCGCUAUGGAACUGGUGUGGAACUUGGCCAGCUGGAGAGGCUCACUAAUCUUCUGCUGGUGGAAGGCUUGACAGAUAUUCAGCAGAAAGAGCAUGAUGUCAUGCAGAUUGAGGCCACCAAAGGCAUGAGAAAUAUUGCCAAGAAAAUCCCCCUGGAGAAGCUCUUUUUACCUCUGUCUAAAGUCAGCAUUCCUCCUCGAAUCUCUGUGACCGUGGGUGUGGCUGGGAUCGGCAAAAGCACCUUGGUGAAACUGUUUGCUUGCAUGUGGGCCAAAGGGGAGGUCAAUAAGGACAUCAUAUUCGUGCUGCCUCUCACCUUCCGGGAACUGAACACUUAUGAGAAGCUCUCUGCUGAGAGGCUCAUCCGGUCGGCAUUCCCUCAUAUCACUGAACCCAGCUUUAUCUCCAAUGGCACCGCCCGGAUUUUACUUAUUCUGGAUGGCUUGGAUGAGUUUAAGACUCCUUUAGAUUUUUCCAACACAGUCGUUUGCACGGACCCCAAAAAGGAAAUUCAGGUGGAUAGUCUGAUCACCAAUAUUAUCCGUGGCAACCUGUUCCAGGAAGCUUCCAUUUGGGUCACUUCACGGCCCGCAGCAGCCAGCCAAAUCCCAGGUGGCCUAGUUGACCGGAUGACAGAAAUACGAGGUUUUGGAGCUGUGGAGAUCAAGGACUUCUUGGAUCAGAUGUUCCUUGAGAACAGAGACUUAUCCAGUCAAGUCUUGGGUCAGAUCAAGGCUAACAGAUCUUUGUACACAAUGUGUACGGUUCCUGCCUUUUGCUGGAUAUCUGGCUCCUCAAUGGGCUAUUUCCUAAAGAACAGCACUGAUCAAUCCCAAGAAAUGACAACUGUUCCUAAGACUUUAUCAGAAAUCUACUCCUAUUACUUUAAAAUGGCACUGAGUAGUGACUGGCAGGAAAAACAGAAGGAGACUCCCAGGAUAGAACAAGCUAUAAACAACAGCAAAAAAAUUAUUGGUAACCUGGGUCGGCUGGCAUUUUAUGGUCUGCUCAAGAAAAAGUAUGUAUUUUAUGAACAAGACAUGAAAGCCUAUGGCAUAGACCUCUCAUCACUACAAGGCAGCUUGUGCAAUAGGAUGUUACUCAAGGAAGAGAUGCAGUUCUCCACUGUCUACUAUUUCUCCCAUUUAACCCUCCAGGAGUUUUUGGCAGCCACUUAUUACUAUGCUUCAGCAAAGCGAGCAAUAUUUGAUCUCUUCACUGAGAGCGGGAUGUCCUGGCCUAAGUUUGGUUUCCUCAAUCACUUUAAGAACGCUGUCCAGAGAUCACUGCAGUCAGAUGAUGGGCAGCUGGAUAUCUUUGUGCGCUUUCUCUCCGGACUUCUCUCCCCGCAGGUGAACAAAUUGCUGUCCGGUUGGCUCUUGAUGAAGGAUGAGCAUAACAGCUUCCGAAGCCACGUGAUCAGCUUUCUCCAGAGCUGCCUGAACACUGACUAUGUCAUCUCCUCCAGGACCGUGAACGUCAUGCAGUGCUUGUACGAAAUGCAGCACAUGGAGUUGGCCAAGACUAUGGAGGAAGCUAUGAAAAACGAGAGCUUAGCUGGGAUGUUAACGCCAGUGAAUUGUUCUGCCCUGGCUUAUCUCCUGCAGGUCUCUGAGGUGUGUAUGGAGGAGACAAACCUCUCCAACUGCCUCACCUACAAUAUCUGCAAAAGUCUGCUUUCCCAGCUCCUCUUCUGCCGUAAUCUCCGGCUGGACAAUAACAAGUUUAAGGACAAUGUGAUGGAGCUGUUGGGCAGCGUGCUGAGCGUAAAGGAUUGUCAGAUUCAAAAGAUGAGCUUGGCAGAAAACCAGAUCAGUAACAAAGGGGCCAAAGCCCUCGCCAGAUCCCUGAUGGUCAACAGGAGCCUGACAGUACUUGACCUUCGCAGUAACGCCAUCGGACCCACAGGGGCAAAAGCACUGGCUGAUGCACUGAAAAUAAAUCAAGUCCUACUCUCCCUGAACCUCCAGAAUAACGUGAUCAAGGAGGAUGGUGCUAAAUUCCUGGCUGAGGCCCUUUUAACCAACCACAAGCUGACAACUUUGCACCUUCAGAAGAACUCCAUUGGACCCCAAGGUGCAAAGAAAAUAGCAGAAGCACUGAAGCAGAACGGGAAUCUCAGGGAACUGAUCCUCUCCAGUAACUGUGUGGGGGACACUGGCUCUGUAGCCUUGGCCGAAGCUCUGAGAGUGAAUCACAGUCUCACAACCCUGGACCUCCAGAGCAAUUCAAUCAGUAACACGGGGGUCACGGCGUUGAUAGGAGCGCUGCGCUCCAACCGGGGCCUCAUCAGCCUCAACCUUCGGGAGAAUUCCAUCAGCCAAGAGGGGGCGCCAGAGAUAGCCAACGCUCUGUGCACUAACUGCACGCUGAGGAACCUAGACCUAGCAGCGAAUCUGUUGUAUGAUGAAGGCGUCACGGCCAUUGCACUGGCGAUGAGAGAGAACCAGGCGCUCAUGUCCCUGCACCUGCAGUGGAACUUCAUCCAGUCGAAGGCGGCCAAGGCGCUGGCCCAAGCACUACGCUCCAACACAAGCCUGACCAGCCUCGAUUUGCAGGAGAACGCUAUUGGAGAUGAAGGCAUGAUUGCCCUCGCUGCUGCUCUGAAGGUGAACACCACGCUCACCACCCUCUGCCUCCAGGUGGCUUCGAUCGGGGUGAGCGGGGCCAAAGCCCUGGCAGAGGCCCUAGUUGUUAACAGAACCCUCACAACUCUGGACUUGAGAGGAAACUCCAUUGGUUUGGCUGGAGCCAAAGCUAUGGCCAACGCACUGAAGGUUAACCGCAGUCUCCGUGUUCUGAACCUCCAGGAGAACUCCUUAGGCAUGGAUGGAGCUAUCUGCAUCGCCACAGCUCUGACCGGAAACCAUGGCCUCACCUACAUCAAUCUGCAGGGGAAUCGCAUCGGCCAGUCUGGCGCCAAGGUGAUCGCUGACGCCAUCAGAACAAACUCUCCGUGCUGCAUUGUCGAGAUGUGAGGGCCGGCUGCACCAGGAACGGCCAGCACGAGUCAGCGGCAGGCAGGGGAUGGUGCAGACACUCACUUUAAUGAUAGCGUCUACUGGCUGGUUCCCAGCUCGACCCACAUGACCAACUGAGGCCUGCUGGGCCUGGAACGCCCCCACGGACUCCGACUGGCUCAGAGCGCUGCGGGGUGAUGGAGGCACUCGCUCCAGCUGUGCUGAGGCCUAGGGGCACCAAUGCUCCUCAGGUGCAGAAAGACGGGUCUCUCUCUUAGCAGCACGGUGAAUGAUGGCGCCGUUGUUCCAACGGCUGCCGGGCCUGAGGAAUGAGCUUGCGGCAGCCGUGACUGUUAAAAGGCAGGCAGGACGGGUGUGGUGGGGACAUGGAUGGAAGUGGGCGGGAGGGACACAGUGCCAGCAAUUUAGCCCCAUCUCACUUAUCCCUGUACCUAAGAAACCCUCCUGCCCUGCUACUGCUGAGCCCGUCCCUCCAGGACAGAAUGUUCCCACCUCACAGCCUGAUGCUGUGUGUAGCUCGGUGUGUGAGCACGAGGCACUCAAUGCACGGGUAGGCCCAGAACUCCCACCACGGAGAGACUCCCAAGAGCCAGCUGCUGAGAAUUCUUUAUACAGUUAUGACUGGACUGCCCGGAAAUUCGCCAGGCAGCUGCUUCCCUCCUGUCAUAAUUGCCCAGCCCUGCCGGCCGUGUGGCCAUUUAAUCCCAUUGGGGCUGUACAUGGCAGGGCCACGCAAAUCUCUGCUCCCGAGGUUCACCACAUUCCCUGGAGUAAGCUCCAGGAUGGUUGGUGUGUCCUGCUUUAGUGGGUCUCUAACGGGAAACCUCUCGCGUCCAUCAGCUCAUGUGGAGCUUUGGCUUGUGAGUACCUCCGGGCCUGCAGAAUGAAUAAACCACCGUGCUCACGCGGCCUCUAACAGUGAGUGAUUUGGGGCUCGGCCUGAGAAUGACCACUCAGUGUCUGUGCCCCUGCAAAGCGAGAGGUGUAAUGGUCUAGCAUCAGCCAACACCAAGGAAGUGGGAAAAGAGGAGAGGAGAGGAGAAGAGCUGAAGGAGGGGCGGGGGACUGCAGUGUGGUUGGGGAAUGAAGUGCAUGGAAAGUGGGUGGUUCCUGCCCUGUUGUUUAUUUCCAGCAGGCGUCUGCUUUGGGGAGCUCCUAGUCACACAGUUCUGCCUUGUGAAACAAAAUCUUUAAUUCAAAUGGACCCCCAUGUUCUGUGCCCUUCUGAAGGCGAUCUCGCUUGGCUGGUCUGCUCCUGACAUGCUGUGACCCUGGGCCAGCCAUGGCACCUCUGAGGCUCAGCUUCCCCCUCUGCAGAAUGGGCUCAUGACAGCGACCCAGCGCAUGGCCACUGGCAGGGCUAAGCCUGUAAGGCCAGGCGCGAGGGGACAGAUUUAUAAAGGUACUUACUGAUUUCAGUGGCUGUUAGGUGCCUAAAUAUCGUUGAGUGGCUGCCUCUAGGUAUCUGCCCAGUGUUCCUAGGUUCUUGUUUGUGCUGUGGUAUAUCGAUGCUGGUUGAGAAGCAUUGCAGUGAGCCCUCUGGAAGGAGUGAAGCCUGAAGCAGGGCUAAGCGCCAAGCUGCAGGGCCUUCCUCCGCAGCUCACACUAGGACAUGAGUGGCGCGCCUGCCAGCCGUGUAGCAGUGAGAGACUCUAACAAGGAGGGUGACCGGUGUGAUGAGGUGCCAAGCUCUGGAAUAAAUGGAUUCCUAACCAAA